AUGUUGUCUCGACGUGUGUACGACUGCCCUCCCCCUUUUUUUUUUUUUUUUUCUUUUUUUUUUUUUCUUCCCUCUUCUGCGAAGAAAAGGGGGCGGGGCGGGGGGCGGAUAUUGAAGGAAUUGGGAAGGAUGUCACGCUUCGACCGCGUUGUCAUUUUUUUGGACAUUGAUGGCGUCCUGCUCCCGGUGCCUCGAUUCACCUUUGGCGGCGGCGAACUCUCUGAGCAAAGUGUCCUUAUUCUUCAGCAGAUUGUCAAGGGCUGCGGUGGGAGGGAAAAGGUGUCUAUUAUCCUCUCGUCCACGUGGCGCAAUUUCCCCGAUCAGGUGCGGCGGUUGAAUCAAUUUAUUGAGAAGACAACAGGGACGGAGGUGCCGGCUGUCGCUGGCGGUACUCCAAACGGAACGCCCAAGACGACGGUGGUCACGUACUUCCCGGAUGACCCAUCGGAGCAGAGACUCGUGCGGGAUCGCGUGGAUGAAGUGAAGCGAUGGAUACACACGCACAUGCAGGACUACCCGGAGGCGAUUGGUGGCCGGUGGUUCGCGAUUGACGACAUGCAGCUGGACGUUGAUGAGCGCAUGCGUGGUCAUUUCUUGAAGACAGAGACGGAGACGGGCCUAACGGAGGGGGACGUGGCGCGGGCCCUUGACGUCAUUGCGUCCCUCCCAACGGCAGAUGUGGCGGCGAAAAACGCGGUGGCGGCGAUGGUUGACCCCGUGUUGAAGGACGAGGAGAUUGACAUUUUGAAGAGCCGAUGCCGGGAGUUGUCCGCGACGGUGAGUCAACUGCAAGAUUCCCUGCGGCAGUCGCAGGAUGAGGUGCAUGCCCUGCAGAAGCAGCGUCACGAAUGGGAACGUGAGCGCAAAGAAUUGACGCGUCGCCUUGAGGACGUUAGUUACCGUCUGGCAGUGCACGACUUUGCCAAAAAGAAUGAUGUACUGCGGGCAGCAGUUGCGGCCCUCGAGACCAAAACAGGGAAGGAACGGCAGGAAUUAGAAAAGCGCAUUAAAGUCCUCGUGGAGCUCCUGCGGCAUAAAAAGAUGCUUGAGAAGGCUGCGAGAAAACAACGUAAAAAGUUGAAUGACGUAAAUGAGGGGGAGGGAUCAAAAUAA